CGUGGCUGAUGGUCUUUCUGUGUAAGCUAUUUUAUUCUAUUUUAAUUUUAAUUUAUGCUAGUACCGGAAAAUUCAACUACAACUGAGCUUACAUUGACUUUGCGAUUAAGGGGUGGCCCACCAAGAAAAAGAGUCACAUUUACGAGAAACACAGUAGAUAAUGAGCACUUGAACAGAAAAAAGUCUAAAAUAUGCUGUAUAUACCAUGCACAAAAUGAAUGUAAUAAUGAAGAGUCAUAAAAAAUUUUAAAUGCAGCUAGCAG